AAAGGAAUAACAAAAGUGUAAGUCAAUUCUAGUGUAUAUUAACUUUUGUUUUUUUAAGGAUGUUUGUAUUCAUAGAUGCCCUUAAGCAUGUCAAAUUUGUUAAGCUCAGUACAUAGGGUAACUAAUAUCUUGUUUGCUCUUUCCCAUGAACUUCUAUCACAGUUAUUUCUUCUUCCUAACUUUUCCUUUGUGAUUUUAAUUUAACUUUAUAUUAUUAUUAUUGAUUGAUGGACACUGGAUGAAUCAACUAGUAUUUUUAUAUUUUUUUAUCAGAGAUGUAAUAUAAAUAUGAUGUAAACAUCAAGUAAUGUCUGAUCCAUUUUUAUGGGCUAUUGAUUACAGUGGUUCACUUCUAACUCUUUCGUUAGAAAGUUGCAAAUGGCACCGUAUAACAAGAACUAAUUUAUCUUCCCGAAAAAACUCGUUUAAAAGAGUUUCCUCCACUUCAACAUGUGCGUGGGCUAUUGGCGGUGAUCAAGAUGUAUAUAUGUCUGUAUUCGAAACCGAUCUACCAAUACGUCAACAGGUUAGCUGUUAUGAAAAUCAAAGGUGGUCGAUUAGAUAUGGAUGGUCAGUAAAAUCGCUGUUGUUCACUGAUCGUUGGGCUUGGAGUUCCAAGAAUGGAAAAUUUCAUCUCCAAAAAGAUUCGUUUGAAUUGUCGUCCACAUCAUGGGUAUGGAAAGGAGACUGGUUUGUUGAUGAAUCCAUUGACUGUGAUAUCGAGGGUUGGGAGUAUGCUAUUGACUUUCCAGCCACAUAUCAUAAACAGCCUGGUCGUUUUGCAUUUGUUCGAAGGAGGAAAUGGUCCAGAAAUCGAAAGUUUGUUGGAUUUAAUAAGUGGAAUAAGAUUUCAUCAAUAUCUGAUAAUGAUCCUAUCCAAGACAUCACCAUUGGUGGUUACAACAUACCAGGUCAAACUCAAGGCUUUCUAGCUGUUUGGGCAAUAACCUUUCUUGGGAAAGUCAAAUUCCGAAGUGGUGUGACACGUUCUUGUCCAGAGGGCGAGCAGUGGAUUGACAUUCCAACAGAUGAACUAAAUUUAGUCCAAGUAUCAGUUGGUCCAACUGGUCUUUUAUGGGGUUGUACAUGGGACGGAGAAGCAGUUGUGAGAAAGGGAAUAUCUCAUUCGGAACCUACAGGUACAUCGUGGGAGAUUAUAGCCGCACCACUAGACAAUCCUUUAUUUCAGGUGGCAGUUGGAGAAAAGUCUUUGUGGUCAAUAACUAAGAAUGCUAAAGUUUUUUAUAGGCGAAACAUUGAAAGCGAAAAUGUAUGUGCACGAAAGGGCGUUUCUACUGUGAGCAGUUGGGUUGAAAUGUGUGGUUCCUUCUCUUUUAUUUCUGUCGGACCAAACGAACAGGUCUUUGCUAUUGGUCAAGAAGAUAAACGUUUGUAUAUACGAACCAAUGUUGUACCUGAAGAGUUGGUUGGUAGAGAAUGGAAGUUGUUAAAAAUGAAGAAAGGCAGUGAGAAAGCUGGUGACUCAUCGCCUUUACAUUUGACGUGGAUAGACAGUGGAGCAUGUGAUGUAGACGCAACAUACUUCGACACCAUGGGAGGAAAUCUAAUCUCAAGUUCAAAUUUACUCAGUGUUAAUGAUAAUGUUGUAUGGAGAAAUGAUGUAUUAAAAGGUCUCUACGAACGCAAUAGUAAAGAGAUUUCAAAUACAAAACAAUACCAAAGCGCGCAUGAAGCCCAGCUGUUUGAUAGUUAUUAUAACAAACGUGGUCAGGGUAUAUUGCUUGUGGAUAAACUCUAUGACAUUUGGUGCAAAUGUCACAUCAAACUGUUAAGUGGGUGGACUGAGAACCACAAUAAACCAUCCUUAUUGAUUUACUACUCUCAAAAAGUAAAAUACGAAGAGCUUGUGUAUCAAACCGACCAAAUCACGUGCGUUCACCGACUACUAUGCACGUCUCGACCUUAUACGUUCGGUGUACAGAUGUGUUACCAUGGUGAUGACGUCAAACAAGUGGUGGUGUUAAAUAUGGAGAACGAGAAGACAAUGAACGAAUGGAUGACGGCGUUCUCUAGACUGCAACAUAACUUAGCUAUAAAAGCAAGCACAGAAUACAUAACUUUAUGGGCGACGUCGGUACUAGGUGACGUUUUUUCUGUACAAUGCAAUAGCAGAACUAUACAGAAAAAUAUGUUGGCAUCCUUACGCUGGAGACAAGUUGGUGGACUUUUAAAAAGGGUUGUGUCUGGUCAUAAUGGUGUCACGUGGGGUGUUGGUUCAGACGGAAAGGCUUAUGUUUAUUCUGGUACGGAUGAGAAGAAGAAAAACUAUGAGCAGAAGACCACGAUGGAACAUUUUAUAUAUGAAAAUCAGAGAUGGAAUCCAGUGGAAGGAUACACAGACAGACUUCUUCCAAGUGAUCGCUGGCAUUGGAGUGACGAAUCUGGUAUGUAUGACUGUUCAAAAGAAAACUACAGGCUACCAUCUCUAUCGUGCAAGUGGCUAGAUGAUUGGACGAUCGAUUACAAUGACAAUGCUGAUAAUCAAGGCUGGCAAUACGCAGUUGACUUUCCAAGGUUUUAUCAUAAAGCACGUGGUUUAAACGAUUAUGUUCGCAGAAGAAGAUGGAAAAGAGCAUGCAAAAUCACAACUACUGGGCCGUGGUUAGAAGUUAAAACCGACGUCAAAAUAAUCGACAUAUCUGUCAGCUUUGACGACGAUGUCAACGCAUCAACGGUGUGGGCAGUAAGUUGCAACGGUGACGUAAUGGCGCGAAAUGACGUCACUGUGUGUGAACCGCAGGGUACAUCUUGGAGUUACAUACCUACCGACAUUCCGGUGACGUCAAUUUCUGUCGGCGUCAAAAGUCGUGUGUGGUGUGUUUGUCGUGACGGGUCAUGUUAUCUUAGAGCAGGUUUUGGGGAUACUGCACCAUACGGUACAACUUGGUUCCACGUUCCUAAGGAAGAUUUGCUAAUUCACCACAUUUCUGUUGGACACUAUACUGUUUUGGCCUUGGAUGAUAAAGGAACCAUGUUUUCACGGUGCGAUGUAGGCGAUGUAUACCCCGAGGGAACGAAAUGGCAACCUGUGCUUGAUAACGUUUCGGCAAUUUCAGUGAAUAGUCAGGACCAGGUGUGUUUUGUUCAACAGAAUGACGUGAAAGUUCUACUUAAUGGUCAUGCUGGUGUUUAUGACGACAUUUCUGUUCUAACGUUACUAGUGGAUGGUUGGACCGGUAUAUGCUGUCGUUCAAUAAUUUUACCCGUUUCCUCGCCACCGAAAGCAGAGGAAACGUCUGAAGACAUGGAAACGUUUAUCUCUGACGUUGAUCAGUUAAAGAUUGUCGAUGAAUCUGUCGUCAAUAACGGCGACACGACAGACGUUCACCCUAAAGUUGAUCCAUACGCUAUUGAUAUAUACAACUUCUACAAAAGAAAAGAAAAUACAGACGCUGACAGUUGAAAGAAUACCACCAUGUUAUUUCUAUAAGAAAUAAAAGUGAGGGGGACUCUGCUAACGACACUAGUGUUUUCUAAAAUACAACAAUGUAUAGCAUUUGAAACACGUGAAUAAUACUAUACAAAGUUGUCCUUAAUAUGAAGUAUAACUUGAAAGGCAAGGAAAAGUUUUGGUGACAUGUGGGGGUAUUCUAUUUGAAGUUGUACAUAUGAAGAAUUUCCUUAUUGUUUCAAAAGACAACCUCUAAAAUAUUGAA